ACCAAAUUCUUUCACAAACGAUAUUAUGGCCAGUACCAAUAUCCAAAAUACUGCACCGGCCAGUACCAAUAUCCAAAAUACUGCACCUAUUAACAACAACAUGACCAACAAUAACAAUAACAAUAUCUUCUUCUCUAACUACCUAAAUUCCCUAUUCCAAACGCCCCACAGGCUUAGGAAGAGAAUGCUAGCCACAUGGACGCCUGAGCAGGAGCUUAACCAAGUGAGGCAAAGGUCCGGGGCUGACAUGAAAAGGAAACUCAAAUGGCAUGAUCUAUUGGCCCUCGGUUUAGGAGGAAUGCUCGGUGUCGGCGUUUUUGUCGCCACCGGCGAGGUCGCUGUUCAUUCCGGUCCUUCGGUGUUCAUCUCUUAUUUCAUUGCCGGAAUAGCAGCCCUUCUUUCCUCCUUGUGUUAUGCUGAAUUCUCAGUUCAAAUCCCAGUUGCUGGUGGUGCCUUCAGUUAUCUAAGAUUAACCUUUGGAGAAUUUGUGGGGUAUUUUGCAGGGGCAAAUAUACUGAUGGAGUAUGUAUUGUCGAACGCUGGUGCAGCAAGAAGUUUUACAGAAUACAUGUCGUUUACAUUUGGAGAAAACAACCCAAAAGCUUGGAGAGUGCAUGUGGAAGGGCUGAUGACGAAUUAUGAUGAGUUGGAUUUCCCAGCUGUUGCUCUUAUUCUCCUCCUCACUUUCUGCCUAUGCCACAGCACAAAGGAAAGUUCCAUGUUGAACUUGGUUAUGACCGUGUUUCAUCUGGUCUUCUUUGGAUUCAUAAUAAUUGCUGGCUUGUACAAAGGGAGUACCGACAACUUGAUAAAGCCAAAUGGAUUAGCUCCUUUUGGUGUUAAAAGCAUUAUUGACGGAGCAGCAAUAGUCUACUUUGGUUAUAUAGGCUAUGAUUCAGCUUCAACAAUGGCAGAAGAGAUCCAAAAUCCUUCGAAGAUACUCCCCAUUGGCAUAGUCGGUUCGGUUCUCAUUAGCUCCGUCAUUUAUUGUCUCAUGGCCUUGUCUUUAUGUCUAAUGGUUCCUUAUUAUAAGAUACAAAAGAAGGCAUCAUUUUCAGUGGCUUUCCAAAGCAUUGGAUGGAAUUGGGCAGGCAAUGUUGUAGGGGCAGGUGCAAGUUUGGGAAUUGUGGCAUCUUUGCUUGUAGCCAUGUUAGGCCAAGCCAGGUACCUGUGUGUUAUCGGAAGGGCUCGAUUAGUGCCAUCUUGGUUAGCCAAGGUGCAUCCUUCAACUGGCACACCUUUGAACGCUACACUCUUCCUUGGACUUUGCACAGCAUCAAUAGCACUCUUUGUGGACCUAGACAUAAUCCUCCAAAUGAUCUCCAUCGGCACUCUCGUCGUUUUCUUUCUUGUCGCCAACGCUCUCAUCUACCGCCGCUACGUCGUCAUCGGCAACAACCCUCCCUCCAAAAUCCUCCUCUUCCUCUUCCUCCUCUCGUCCGCCGCCCUCGGGUUUUCCCUCUGGUGGCACAGCAAGCCCCAUUGGUGGGGCCUCCACAGCAAGCUCCAUUACUGGGGCCUACUGCUCUUCUGCGGCGCCACUCUCUCCAUAAUAGUCCUUUUCCACUACUUAGUCCCUAAUUGCCGCGCAAACUACCCUUCAGGGACAUGGUCCGUGCCCUACAUGCCGUGGCCUCCUGCCCUAUCUAUCUUCCUUAACAUCUUCCUCAUGACCACUCUAACGAGUCUUUCCUUUCAAAGAUUUGCAAUAUGGACGGUUCUGAUAUCUUUGUUCUAUAUGCUUUAUGGGGUCCACCAGACUUACCAAGCGGAGGAGACUGAUCAGAUCAUGCUUGGUAAUGGUGAUCAUGAUCAAGUGAAUUCGGCGGGUCAGCAAUCUAAGUUGGACAAUAUUCAAGUGCUGUCAGUAAUUAGUCAUGUUUGAGGAUUUUGUGAA